GGUUUUACUCGGCAGUCGGUGGCACCGCUUCGUCGAAGCCGGACGUCACGACGGCCCCGCGCGCGCGUGCGCGCAGUUGCUCUAUAUCCACCCGCACACCGCGACGCUCCUCGACGCCGUCGUCGUCCCAGGGAUAUACGCAGCGUACGUUUCACCGCCGAGAGAUAAGAGCAGCGGAGAGCGUCGCUCGUAACAUGAGCGAGUAACGAGCGCUCGUCGACGAGUCACGCCCAGGGACUUCUCCAUGGGCCGUAAAAGACGGGAAGCAGGAGGAGGGCCGGAGCUACUGCUGCUCCUCUGCGUCCUCCUUCGCGGCGCCAACUGCUACGGGGAAGUCGGCUGCUUAUUCAGCAAGAAUCUCUGCAAGCCCGUGGCUGAAAGCUGUUACAAUGAUCUCGCGUUCGGCAGGUGCAUACGGAUCGAGGACGACACGUCGGAGAAGGACCUCUACCAGUACAAUUUGGAGCCGGAGGAACUGGAGUUGCUGCGGAUGCAGCUCGAGAGACUCGAGUACGAGGGCUACAAGUGGCCGCACGACUACACCCAAUGCGUCAUGCAGAUCCUCCUCGAAGACCUUCGCUACAGGCUGAAUAACGACGCCGAGCUUCUCUGCAAGAACAGCAAGCUCAGGCCCGAGGAUGUCUUCGACGAAGUCGAUAACCAGGUGGUCGUCGACAAGGACGGCGGCAUCGGGGACGCUCAGGAUCCCGUGGCCAUAGUCAAGUUCACCCCGAGCAGGCUGAACCCUCACGGCGAGUUCGCCGACGAGUUCUACUACCCUUCGGACAUGAGGGCGAGGAUGGCCGAGGAACGCAGGAAAGCAGCCGCCCUCGGAGGCUUCGACGACUACGGCGAGGGCUUCUACGAUAAACUGCCCGACAUUCCCAAUCCUGAGGAAGUUUACCGUCGCGGUUCCCGCUCGCUGAGCAAGAAGUCCCUGGGACCGUCGCCUCCGGCGGUGCCCUACCUCAAGGAGAACUACGCGAUUCCCCGAGAAUACGUCGAGGCGUUGCGCGGCUUCCUGGAGAACGAGGCAAACCUUUACAAUGCAGAGGACGACGAGGGCCUCGAGUUCCUGCCAGAGGUGGAGGAGGAGAACAGGAAGCCGAUAGACGAGGUACUCGAGGACUACGAGAAGACCUUCUCCAGGAAGUACAAGUACCCGAAGGAUCUCGAGGCAGCCGAGGAGAACAGGGAAGAAUCGAUCGAGGACGAUUACGAGGACGGGGACGAGCUGGAGGAGGGAGAAGCGGAAAGCGCGAGGUUCGGUAACGCCAAUCCCAUCCCCAAGCCCAUCAUCGACUCGCUGGCGCAGCAGACCAGCGGUGGGAUGUACACCGAGGGCGGUACCAUCCUGCCCAUGAGGCGCGACGUCAUUCGACCCGCACGACGUCACGCCAAGUCACGCGCGAAGCUCGCGGGACUGCGCACACCCGACCCCGAGGCUUCCAAGGACUACCAGGAGCUUUGCAGGGCUCGAAUGGCGGCCAAGCAGUCGGACAAGCUGAGCGAGUCGCCGAAGGGUUUCGACUUCGGCAGAUUGUUGGAGUCGGGGAAGAGCGAGUCGAACAGGUCGAGCACCUCGUCCUGGAGCGAGGAGCCCCAGGUGACGAACAUGGACAUAUCCACCGGCCACGUUGUGCUUUCGUACAUGGAGGAUCAUUUGAAGAAUCAAGAGAAACUCGAUGAGGAAUGGGCGGCGCUUUGUGCUUACGAGGCUGAGCCAUGCUCGACGGCUGUUGCUGAAGCGGAAGGAAACGCCGAGUGUAAUCGACCUGGCGCAGCACUUCCGUACGAUCAUUCUAGAGUGAUUCUCAACGAUUUGGCUAAUCUCAACAACUCGGACUACAUCAAUGCUUCUACAAUUAAAUCGACCGAUCACGAUCCACGCAAUCCAGCCUACAUAGCGACGCAGGGUCCACUACCUCAAACCGCGGCGGACUUCUGGCAAUUGGUCUGGGAACAGGGCAGCGUCGUGAUCGUCAUGCUGACCCGCCUAACGGAAGAAGGUCAAGCCAUGUGUCACCGUUACUGGCCAGACGAAGGCAGCGAGCUCUACCACAUCUACGAGGUCCACCUCGUUUCCGAGCACAUCUGGUGUGACGACUACCUCGUGCGGUCGUUCUACUUGAAGAACCUGCGUACCGGCGAGACCCGUACCGUCACCCAGUUCCACUUCCUGUCCUGGCCCCAGAACGGCGUACCCAAGUCCAGCAAGACCUUACUCGAGUUCCGUCGCAAGGUCAACAAGUCUUACCGGGGCAGAUCUUGCCCCAUUAUCGUGCAUUGCAGUGACGGAGCAGGACGCACUGGUACCUACUGCUUGAUCGACAUGGUGUUGAAUCGCAUGGCCAAGGGCGCGAAAGAGAUCGACAUCGCCGCAACGCUCGAACAUAUCCGAGAUCAGCGCGCAGAUAUGGUCGCCACGAAGCAGCAGUACGAGUUCGUGUUGAUGGCAGUGGCGGAGGAGGUCCACGCGAUCCUCAAAUCCUUGCCGAUAGUCGCCGAGAAGCCAUCAGACGGCGAGAAACCGUCGAGCAGCUCUUCUACUACGACGCAACAGCAGACGCCCUCGCGAUCAACCAAGUCCGAUAAAUAAAGAUGAGCGUUCACUACUGAGAGAUCCAUGGUAUAGAGGCAGGAGUUUCUUAGACUCGUUAUCUAUAUAUCUAAGCUCACACAGAGGGGGUCGCGUCGGGUUUGCUGAAACUGAAAGAAAAUCAAAUUUUAAAACAUGUCUAUGUAACUUUAACGACGACUUAAGAAGAAAAAAAAAACAAAAUAAUCCUUAUUGGAGUAAACAGAUCUAACUUGAUAUGACUACGUAUUACAUAUAAUUGCUUCGUCGAUUACCUGCGGCAAUUUUAUCUCCUGCACACAAUUAUGUGAAUGGUCCCUGCAGAGACUCUUCGAUUUGAUUUCUCGAGACACUGAUGAUCCUGAAUACAUAUAGUGUAAUGGUUUCGGUCCGGUAUGGAAAUGCUUGGGCUAGCGUACGAAUUAUAGAUUUCAUUUUACUUUGCUAUACCUAUCAGUUUUCUUUAAUCAGUUCAUCGGCCUAUGAUGAGAAUGGGUACAAAAGCUAGACGACGAUAGAAGCAAAAGACUCUGAUCUUUUGGACAUGAUUCACACUUGCUGCAAUGAUCUUAUUUUUUUACUCGCUUCCUCUUCCGUACAACAAUGUCGCUGAUACUUUAUUGAGUAAGAGAGCUGUAGACUCGAAACGCGUGAUUUCCAAUCACGUUGGAUUAUAGUUAAAUUGAAGCUAACAAAGAAAUAUUAACUCUAUAUCGUCGCUUGGGACGGCGAGAACUUGAAGAGAGUGUAUCGAUUUGAUUAUACGACGUACAUAUAUCCCGCAAGCAACAACGGGUCACGAUCGAGCUGCACAAUUUCUAGGCUGAAUGUUAUGUACUACUCGGUGCAAUUAUUAAAGAUGUAAGGACUCGAUGAUACAAAUUUCCUCCGUAUAAUACACUCACACAGACACUAGACACUGUCGUGUACACACUUUACUUUUUCGAGGGAGGACUACGAUAGUUAUUAUUAUAAACUAAAUGUAUCAUGUACUAAUAAUAUGAAAGUAUACCAAAGUCAUUGAUAAAUAUUUUACUAUAUGGUGUAUAACAAUGUAAAAGGUAUAUGAUAAUAUGUCCAUGCGUAAAUGUAUAUAUCCUAAGCAAGGACCAGGACAAAUGCCGUAGGAUGCGUAUUUUUUAAUUUUAUCCGAGGAUACAAUUUUUAUUUCGCUAUACUAGUUGACGCAAUGCUUGUUUUCAACUUAUCGUUUGAAAGUCGCUUGCUUUUGAAAGAUCAAACAAAUGAGGAGACUAAAGUCGCUAUAGAUAGAAUUUUAAGGCUAGAUAGGAAUAAAUUUGAUACAUUAUUGAAUUCAACGAAAAAUUGAUAUUUUUGUGUAAAAUUAAAGAUCAUAUUUUUACGAUAGUUUUUCUCAUGGUCCUUGUUAUUGACAAAAAUUAUAGACAAACAUGUCUGACUGAUGUAAUUCAUUUAAAAACGCGAGCAAAGAGGGGUAAAGAAUGAAAAAUUACAAAGACUUACAGAAUGACGAAAAGAUCAGCCGUGUGGUGCCAGCCUCCCACAUGGUUGGUUUGCUUUUCGUGUGAAGGUGUAAUUCGCGGAUCAUUGUGCAGAACGAUCAAUUGUGACUGAUUUUGAAAAAGAAAACUGAUUUACUCUUCACAGUACACUUUACAAAACUUUUUGUCGAAACUGCACUAAAAUACUUUUCUUACAGCAUGAAUAUGAGCCAAGUUGUUGAAUGAUUGUCGAACGCUGUCGAAAAAAACUGCGAAAAAUUAAGACACACUGUAAUCGAUCGUUUGUUUUUCUUGACGCUUUGAAUCAUAUAAUUAAAUCCCAGAUAGUCUGCUUUAGAGAAUAAUUCAUCCACUUCCUGAAGAUUUUGUGAUGGAAAUUUUAACGAAUUACAUAUUUCAAUCAGUAAACCUUAUCGUUGAUACAUCUGAAAUAAUGGUCUUGACGACUUAUGCAAGAGAAACUUGACUUAAUUUAACUAAAUAUGAGUUUGCUUAGUCUCUUUUAACAUCGACUUGCAAAAUAGAUUCUAUAUUUUUGUGUAAACCAGAAAUGAUAUGUAUCUAUAUAAAAAGAAAAAAACUAUAUGCUAUGUUACUGGAGAGUAUAAUAUAUGUUGUAAAAGAAUAAAUCAAUCUAUGUUCAAAA